CCUCCGGCCGCCACUCGUUCGUCCGACUUCGUGCAGCGCGAAUCGGUCUGUCGCUGCUCCGUUUCCUGCGUGUCGCGCGGUGUGCUCCCCGCGACGACGACGUGUGUGUUUUCGCGCUGCUCACACCGUACCGUGUGUUCCGGUUCACCUUGACUCGAACGUCAUCGCGUACGCGACGACGACGACGACGACGACGACGACGACGACGACGACGACGACGACGACAACGACAACGAGGACAACGACGACGACGACGGCGGCGGCGGCGGAGCGAGGGUUCGCUCGCGCGAGAUUAAAAGUCGAGGCCAGCAGCCAGCAGUCCCAGUGUAGUUCGCGGAAUGUGUAGUUUGCGUUAAGAGAGAGUCACACGCCGAGCAGAGCUCCGCUCCGAACUCGCCUCGCGUUCUUCGUGGCGCGUGUACACGCGGCGGCGGCCGUUUGCCAUUCGGAGCGCGGUUCAAAGUAUCCUGUGAGUUAACUCUACUCGCAAUCGCGCUACAUUCUCAGUGAUCAAUCUCGUGAAUCACGUCACGGAGCUGUUGUUCCGAGUACUGAAAUGUGUUUGCGAUCGAGGAGAGAUUCGAGGCUCGCUUCACACGGUCCAGUAUCCACUUCGGAAGGAGCGAGUUCCGCGUGCUAGUCGGCGAUCUAAGAAACGUAGUGGAUCAGCGAGAGGAGGGUGUCGUAUCGAUUGAUUGUCGCACGAGAUUCCACCUCACAUGUCUCGCGGUCUUAGCGAGGAGGAGAGUCUUCUUUGACAUCGGUCGUCGCGUGAUAGCUCUCGCGAUUCGCAGACAACACGAGACAACACGAGACAACACGAGAGAUUUUUGUCCGUAUAAUGUAAUCGUCAUUGAUUAACACACGGAGCGGAGUGGACGACGCACGAUCUUUCGUGGAUCGAUGCCGUACGAGGGAAACGUAAGAACUACACGCUGUCCCAUUGAUCGAAAGUGAACCUCGAGGAGGAACGUGCGUCCACACACAAGACAGAGAAGCGGACGCCUGGAGCAUUGGCGGGCGCGCUCGCGGUGGUCGACGAGCAGCGCGACGUGCGUGCGUUCCCGAGAUCGAUAGCCCGAGGAGGAGGACAGGACGAAGGAUCCUCGCGAGCGCGCGAGGCACGAGGACUCGGCCCCCGUGGACACCUGCUCGCGAUGCCGUCGCGCGUCGCUGCGUCGCUGCGCGGCGCGCCGUGAGGACCGUCUGUGUGUGCCGUGUGUGAGGAGCAGCGAGAGAGAGAAAGAGAAAGAGAGGGAGAGGGAGAGAGAGAGAGAGAGAGAGGGUCGUCAGGAAAUCUACCGCCGAUCUACGAGGCUCGCGACGUGUCGAAUUGUCGUCGUCGUCGUCGUCUAAAAGUGAAAAAGAGUGCUGGUUCGCGAUCUAGCAGCCCGAGGAUCUAGCGGUUCGAUCAGCUCAACAGCCUACGCAUGCCGGCGAUCGUGGUUUCACCGAAGUACCGGAAGAAAAGAGCCGGUGCCGGGACGCAAUAGAGCGCCGCACAGCCGCUCCUCUCUUCUUCGUUUCACCGUUGGAAACCGUCGGUGGGCUCUCUGAGCCCACCCUCUCAUCGGUCAAACUGGCGAGCGCGUUAACCGCUGGCAUGAACCCCCACCAUCCGGGCCAUUCCGCAGCCUACCCCCACCAUCCCUCGCUCUCGAGCAGUCCGCAUCAUCCGGGGCCCGGAGGGCCGCAUCACGCGUAUGGGACCGGUGGAGGUGGUGGAGGUGGCGGUGGCGGUGGCGGUGGUACCACGACCACCCCCGACCUACCCAGCCCGCACUCACCUCAGCAUACCGGUGGUGCCGGCGAUCCCGCCACCCCCUACGGCGCCCUGCAACCUGGCCAGGGCAUGGGCAGCAACGGGCAUCAUCAUAGCGGUGGCGGCAUGAUGCCGGAUCAUCCGCAUCACCCUGGGCACCCUCAUCCUCACAUGCCGGGCCACCCCGCGUACCCACCCGUUAAUCACAACAAUAACUGCACGCUCAAGCAAGAAGGUGUUCCAAGCGGGUCAACGGGCCUUCGGCAAUGCGCCGGCUGCGGUGUACAAAUAGUGGAAAGAUGGCUGUUACUAGCGAUGGACCGGUACUGGCACAUUAGUUGCCUCAAGUGCUCGUAUUGCAACGUGGUAUUGGGAGAGGUCGGCCAGUCCUGCUACACCAAAAGCGGCAUGAUCCUCUGCAAAGCCGACUACAGACGAAUGUUCGGCAGCAGCGGCAUCUGCGGGAGUUGUAGUAAUCCGAUACCCGCGAACGAAAUGGUCAUGAGGGCUGGCGAGGCGGUGUAUCACGUGAAAUGCUUCAACUGCAAUAAGUGCGGCGGUGCACUCGUCUCUGGUGACAGAUAUUACUUAUUGUCGGGCGCGCCGGUUUGCGAGUCCGACUGGCACAAGAUCGUGAAAUCGUCGAGCGUCGCGGCAGCGGCAGCCGCGGCGGCCGGAAACAGCGGCGCGCCUGUUAGGAAAGGUAAGGUCGGCAGGCCUCGAAGGACCCGCGAAUGAGGCGGCAACCCGGUCGGUCGCCCGAAGAAGGUGCAACCCUCUCCGCAGCCGACGCCACCCAUCGUACCUUCGCCUCAGGUAGAUGUAGUGGACGUCGCCGUCGGCGUGGAUCCCUAUUCGCCGCCUCCGCCGGGUCAUCAGCACUAUCAUCAGUAUCAUCACCAUCACCACCAUCAUCAGAUGGCACUCAUGCAUCCGGGUCUGGCGACUCAGCAAUCGCAUCUACAGGCGUCCAGCUAUCAGGACUGGUCGUCCUGGGCUCAGGAUACCUGCGAUUAGAGCCGCUGUUUCCGCCCUAACGGGCCCGUCUCCCGAAGGAUCUCGCGAUGAAGAACGAGCCUACCUCUAAGGUUGCGAGUCCAGACUCCGCAAGGGGGAGACUCGCAAGGGUGGGAAGAAGGCGUAGCGCGUCCCUUGGGAACCGUCAUGGACGACUUUACGCGUCCGAGUGUCUCUGGACUUGGCGUCGUGAUAUCGAACGUGUUUGAACUUACCGCGAUAGCCGAACAUGUCUCCGUACAUGCGGCGCCGCGAUGUUGAACGUAAUUGAACUCGCCGCGGAUACCGAGCGUCUUUGCGUUCUGACAGUGUUGACGUGUCGUGUGCGUCCGAACUUGAGCGCUGAUGCUGAGAGGGAAUCUCUGGACGUUUUUGAGCCUGGAUAAUUUGGCAGUCGCGUGUAAAACGUGGGGAAAAGUAAACAUCGACAAGUGCGACAAGUUAAGUACGACACCGACACUCGACGCCGCAUCGCAGAAGCACUCUCGCCACGAAUCCGCCGGUUCUCUUUAAUAGUAAUCUUUGCUCAAUUGUAAAGAAUCGAAGAAAGUUUAAUAUACGACCCAUCGUGCAUCUCUACCAUCAGCCGCAGUAGUGACGUCUUCUUUCUCUUCUUUCUCGAACCCUUUGCAGUCAUCGCAUUGCGGUUACCUCGACAUAAAGUGUGUGGAAUGUGGAAUUUGUUAAAUCAUGACACCUACCAACUUGCAGCGGGCGUUCUCUUGCGCGUUAUCGAAACAACUUUUUCCCCCGUCGAUGUCUCAUUCUCAAGAUCAUUGUCAAAUUAUUCUGAUAUCAAAAUCUUUACGCGUUAUUCUAUUUCAUCGUGUGAUUAAGAGGAUUUAUUUCGAUUCUCGUUACAGUUUUAGUCGCUCCUAAGUUUCCGCGAGCGCGUACCGCUUCGCGACUCGCGGUUGCCGCCACUUCGGAGGCGACACGCGUCCUCGGAACGACAACGUCGCGCGCUAAAUUCGACACGUGCGAUCAACGAGGAUCUAAUCGCGCGAGGAAGACAGAUGGCAAUCGGAAGAGGAAGGAAAGAGAGAAAGGGAGAGAGGAGAGAUAUAGAGAAAGAGAGAUAAUUCGAAUCGACGAUCGAACGCGAAAUGACGGCGGCGUGCAGUUCUGGAUCCUUAGAAAAUUAUUUUUCUUUCAAAAUCACCGUUCUCCUGUCGAUCCGCCGCCGCCGCCGCGCUUCGUAAACUCAUUAGGCGGCCCUUGUUCCCGCCAUCGUUAAUUGAGUGCCGAGGUGAGACGAACGACACGGAAUUAUCAUUCGAAUCCUUCUUGUUAAGCAUCCGCGUCUCCUCUCGCUUCUCUCCUCCCUCUCUUCUCACUCGUUCUCCUACCCUUUCCUCUCCUCCUCUCUCGCUCGUAUUUUCGCUCCUUCUUCCUCUCUUUCUUGAGCAUUCAUCAUUUUCGAAACAGCAUAAUCAAUUAAGUCUGUUGCGUGUAAGACGAAAUCCGUUCUUCGCUGCAGCAGUGUCGGCAUAACCGGAUCAAAUUUUAUUGUAAGCGUAAUCUCGUAAGUACAUUACGAAGUUUCAUGCAGGAUGCAAAAAUAACUGAUGUCAUUCUCGAGGACAGAACGGAGCUCAAUUAUCCCGAGAAAUAUCUCCCUCUUUCUCUCUCUUUCUCUCGCGUCGUUUAGCGAAGUCUACAUUAUGCCAUUGGUUGUUAAAGUUGGUCGACAGGGUUGUCUGCAGAAACACGUUUGCCAGUAACAACGUUACGAUAAGUCUAACUUUCGGUCGAAAGAUCGUCGAUCCUUCGACGAGAUUUUAACUUAACGAUUCCUCUUUGUCGCAGUUGUUAAAUACUCGAGUAACACACGAGUUCUUAAAUACGACGUUCGUCCGUCGAUCACUUUCCGAAGAGUAAUCGCGUGCUACUGGCGCGCUGCGCGGACGACGCCCGUUGCGCGUAUAUAGCACGUAUAGUGACAUGUAACUCGCUCGCGGCGAGCAAGAAGUGACAUUGGCAUGCACAACGGCGCGCUCGAAAGGCUCAAAGUACAACGGAUUCGCGGAGCGAGGCGGAAGAUGAGUAUAUCGUGGCGCGAAAUGUGUACCAUAAGAGCGAAGUCGCCCCAUCAAAUACUCUCGUUUCAAAUGAUGUGACUCCCGCGCAUCGCAACGAUCUCCGAUCGAGCGUCGCUCGCAACUGUAAUAGAUGAAGCUCGCACCGUUGCGUCCACGAUAUUCGCGCGCGAGCGAUUCCGCCGUGUUGCGUGUCACGGAAGUUGGACGCUCAAGAGGUCACGGUGGCGCAACGGCACGAUAUUAAGGAUUCUCCGGCGUCUGUUGAGACGCGCCUGAAUCGCGGUAAGAACAAUCGCUAAUCGACGCCGCCGGGGGACCGAGAUCGGACUUCGUGACUUUUGACGCCGCGCCGAGCGGCGACGCCGACGGAGACGGUGAGGAGCGGCAUAUACAGAAGUGUACAUGUAGAUUGGGCAAGAAGUCGCGCUGACGGAUUAUGUCAAGGAUGCACAAACUCUUUCGGGCAACAGCGCUUGCCGCAGAUCUUCGACCAGACGUACGAGCAUAUUCAUAAAAAACAAAAUAAUUUUUCCGCGGUGUAUCUUAGUUUUCACUCUCGCUCGAUUUUAUUACGGAUAUCUCGGACAUUUAAAUUAGCAUAGAUUUGUAUAAAUAACGAUGGGAAAUUUAUAUAAAUCGGACAGCUUUGCGUUAUUCGAAUCGGGGGAACAAAUUUAUUAGCUCGUUUUUCAAUUUCUUCCCGUUGCCACGUGCACGUGUCGGAUUGGGGUUUGUGCAUCGUUGGGUUGUGUAAUUUAAUCUUGUAUAUAGGGUACAUUUUGUAUAUUGUUAAAAGUUUGUGUGAUAUAAAUGGUUAUGUAUUUACUAUCGAGCGCGAACGGCGAACGGGGCACCCGCGCGUUUAUCCCACGGGCGAUCGGCCGAUACGCGACGUGCCAUGGUUUUCCGUGGUCCCGCAUCGCCGAGUGCGGACGCGCAGCGGCGUUUUCCGUCGUGACGUACACGGCGGAACACGUUUGUUACUUACGCAUGUUGGUUUCGCAUCGAUCCGAAGUUUCGUUCGGCGCCGAUUAAUCGAACUGUCUCGUCUCGAAUGUACAUAGCAUUGCAUUUCGCUUUUUUUUUCGUUUUCCUUUUUUUUUCAUUCGUUCAUUUAAAGGGGUCUAUUCUAAUCUGGACCGCGAAAGAGUGACCUAUUUUCGGGAGUUUUAUUUUAUUUUUUUUUUUUUAGAGAAAACUGCUGCACAUAUUCUUCUACACCUCUACACAUGUACUUGUACAAAUUUAGUAAACGUCUACAAAUUUUGGUUUCGUUGAAUGUUUAUUAGUUUUUACGUUACGUAAAUUUUUGAAAACUGGCAGUUUUUUAAAUCUACCGACACGCGAUUUCUGAGAAACCGCUGAAACUAUUCACUUCAACUUUUGCGCAUAUGUAAGAUACAUGUCUGUUUAUCGUAUGAACUAGGAUAAAUGAAAAAUAUUGCAAAUUGUUAAGAUGGCGCAGUUUUAAAAGGCAAGUUAACAAAAUCGAUUAAAUUUAAUAUACGUAUGAGAAAAUAUUUAAUAAAUAUCGCAAUAAUAUCCUACUUGAUGCGACAAGCAAGCAUGUAUUUUACAUAUGCGCAAAAGUUAAGAUCGAUAAGCUCAAUAGUUUCUGAGAAAUCGUGUCAUCCGACUUGAAAAAUGUGUUUUCAAAUUUACGUAACGCAAAAACUAAUAAAGCCAAAAUUUGUACACGUUUACAAAAUUGGUAGAGAAAGUGCGUGCGGCACAGUUUUCGUAAAAAAAAAAAAAAA